CUUUUGAAUUUUAAUAAGGAGGACCUCGUUUGCAUAUAACUUCCAGCUUUUAUGUGGAAACGGUGGACAGUUUCGAGCAACGCCGGCGAGAAACACGAACAAAAGCCCGAAGUGAACAGCAGAAGGCAAAUUUGUUUUCAAAUGGGAAAUGCACGAGUCUAAAAUCGACUAAAGAUACUCCUAUCACGUUUGGCCAAAUGAGUUAUCAUGGCGUCCGCCACAGCUGCAGAAGAGGCCUUGCGUGCAACGAAAAGAAAAGAGAAUUUUCAACGGUUGACAAGGCUUUUGAUGUGUGGAGGUGUCAGGCUUUUACGAGAAAAGUUUGAUUCUAUUCACCCUCCCAACGAUCUUCCAGGUACCCUCGAUGAUACUGGUACACUUGAUUUACUGAAAAAAGCAAACCUUUUCAAAGAACAGCGGGAUUGCCUCUACCCUUCCCCUGGUACGUUUGGCAAGUCCACCGAUUUCGAUAUCACUUUAAUGUUUCAAUUAUUCAGAACAAUAUGCAACCUCACAGAGCCUGUUAAUACUGGAUGGAACAAUCCACCCAACAGUACAGACCACAGUCUUGAAGCAGAUUUGGUACGAAUAAAAAACUACCGCAAUUCCGUUCACGCGCACAGCAGCAAAAUGGAAAUUAAGGACACUAAGUUCUGCACUCUUUGGAACGAAAUCAGCGAGUCUCUUUUACGAAUUGCUGGAUCUAUGGGUGAUGCAAAGCGAUGUGAAUGGAAAAAGGCCAUUGAUGAGUUACUAACGGCUCCUCUAACGCGAGAAGCAGAGAGAUACCUGAAAGAUCUUCAGUCAUGGUACAAGAACGACAUGGAUGUCCUGAAACACGAAAUGGUACAAGUAGGACAUCAUGUCCAGCAGGUUGAUGCAGAUGUCAAACAUCUCCAGCAAGUUAACUUAGAUAUCAGAGAUCAAUUCCAACAAGUUAAUGAUCAGCUCCAACAGCAAAACCAAACACUAGGUGAGCUUAAAAAAGGUGGUUCAGCUAUACUGAAUAUCAUAAGUUUCGAUUCCGUGAUAACCGGAUGACUGAUUUCCCACUUUGGUUUCAUUCAACAACAUUACAUUCCUUUUAAUUAGUUUACGGUACAUUUUCACCCUAGCAUUUUUCAUAACUCAGAAUUCUUCAUAUUUUAAUGUAAUUCUUUGUUUUGUUUUGUUGUUGUUGUUUUUUUUUUGGCAGCUUCUUUCCGAUCUCUUUUAAAUUCCGACAUUGGGCAGUCGCCUGUCACCAACGCUACCUAGCCCAUACCAACCGAACGUCUAAAUAUGCUAAAGACCGUUUGCAUUUUUU